AUGGAGCAGGGCAAUACGAUCACGUCAGACCAGCCGCGCGAGGGAUACGGGCACCCUGUCACCGCGUUUUUCCACAUUGCGUUCAAGGCUUCCGCGAUAGCGUACUACAUUCUCUCGUCCUUCUUCGGGCAGGGCUUCGUCACCGACUUCGUCGUCUGCGUGGUGUUGCUCUCCCUCGACUUCUGGGUGGUCAAGAACGUGUCCGGCCGGCUCCUCGUCGGCCUGCGCUGGUGGAACGAGGUCUCCCAGGACGGCGCCAGCUCCUGGCGGUUCGAGUCCCUCGAGCUCGGGGAGCGGCAGAUCAACAAGAAGGACUCGGCGGUGUUUUGGACGACGCUGUACCUGACGCCGCUCGCGUGGAUCGGUCUCGGGGUCCUCGCCUUCCUCAAGUUCUCUUGGGACUACCUCCUCAUCGUCCUGGUCGCCUUCAUGCUCGCAGGGUCGAACCUCGCGGGGUACUACCGCUGCAGCCGCGACCAGCAGGCCAAGGUGAAGGACCUGGCGAACUCUGCCAUCCAGUCGGGCUUCCGAGCCGCCGUCAGCAACGCGGGGAGCUUCCUGCCGAACCCGUUCGGAGGGGGCGGCCGACAGCAGCAGGGCCCGCAGCAGCAGGGACCGCCGGGGGUGCAGCGAGUGUGA